GCAAAGGUAGAGAAGAAGUCCAACGAGAAUCCAUGAAAAGCAUUACCAGCGGUUAAGGUUGUCGUUGUUCAGUUUCUUCCUCCAAACGAUAACAAUCAAACAAUCGAAUACUAAAAGGGAAAAGAAAAAACUCCAUGUUCUGUCUCCAAUGGCAGGAGCUACUGCAACUACACCACCAUUAAUCAAUCUCACCACACUCCUCCAAGCCCCGUCACUUCUCUGCAAACACAUUCCCUUCUCUUACCAACGCUUUUAUUCUGGAUUCUCCUCAACCACAGUUAAAGCCCAAACACCAAAUGUCAUAGCAAGCUGAAUAGUUCGGGUGGGGGAGAGCCAUAUGAGAUGGAUGAAACGGGUUUGUUUGAUGAGUAUGAUGGAAUUGAAGAUGACAGUGACGACGAGGAUGCAGAGAGUAGUGUGGAUUUGUUGAUCAGAUUUUUUCAGAGCAUGUUUAAGAAAGUGUCUAAGCGAGCCAAGAAAGCUUCUCGCUCUGUUUUGCCCACAGUAAUAUCGCCCCAGCUUGUUUCUUUUGCUGUUGAUGGAACUCUGCUACUUGCUUCGCUUUCUGUUGUGAAAGCGCUGCUUGAGGUCAUGUGCACUCUCGGAGGCACUGUAUUUGCUGCAAUUCUGAUCCUGCGUGUGAUUUGGGCGGCAGUUUCUUACUUUCAGUCAAGUGGGAAUAGCUUCAACCAAGGGGGAAGUUCUUUUGGUGCCGUAGCCUAAAGGCCCUGACCACUCUUCAACCUUUAGCAAAAGAUGGCCAAUUGGCUGGUAAACUUGUGAAAUCGCCACCAAGAGGACGAAAUCCGUCUUACGGUAAAAUGUAAUGUGCCUUGUCAAAUACCAAAACAACAGUUUUCAAUUUAAACAACAGAGAUACUACGAGUAAAUUUAAGUUUCGCCAUUCUUCUAUAUGAUGAUAUGCUACGGUGUAAUUGCUUUACUUCGUUU